UUACUACAACGCCGAGAGGAGAUUUUUACUGGAGGAGUCGUCCUUGUGUUCUUGUCCCGGGUACUGCAAUGAUGGCCACCUUGCCCCACAACAUUAAGGAGGCGGUGAGACUGGUGGCGAAUGGGGCCGUAGGAAAAACUCAGUUGGCCGAGGCGUCCGUGUUCAGAAUUCGAGAAGCCGGGCACCUCAACGCAUUCACCUUCGUAACAGCAAAAAAAGACCUCAGUAAACAAAAUGGCUCGAAAACUCCUCCGACGAGACCUCGUCUGGAAGGGGUUCCAAUUGCAGUCAAGGACAAUUUCUGUGUCUCUCAAAUGCCUACGACAUGCGGAUCUAAAAUGCUCUAUAGCUUUGUUCCUCCAUACACUGCCACAGUGGUUCAAAAACUAGUGGAUGCUGGGGCCAUAAUUAUUGGAAAGACGAAUAUGGACGAGUUUGGAAUGGGGAAUGGGACGGUGGACAGCAUAUUUGGACCGACAAAGAAUAUUUGGGGGCUAGAAAAGUACAGAUGCAGUUCUUUGUCAUUUGAUGACUGGCAUGUUCCUGGUGGGAGUUCUGGAGGGAGCGCGGUCGCAGUUGCUUCAGGAUUGUGUUUAGGUGCCUUGGGAUCAGACACAGGAGGAUCAAUUAGAAAUCCUGCAUCAUAUUGCGGAGUUUAUGGGCUCAAGCCAACUUACGGAUCUUUAUCCAGAUAUGGUCUAAUUCCUCUAGUCAAUUCCAUGGACGUGCCUGGUGUUCUGAGUCGGACAGUAGAUGAUUGUGCUGUACUUUAUGAUGUAAUCAAAGGUUUGGAUAGUUCUGAUUCUACCAGUGUCCAAAUUCCUACAACGGAUUCAAUCCCCUCUGAAGAUGGAAUUGUAAAAAAUAUUCGAAUAGGACUUCCCAAAGAGUAUGCAUGUGAUGGAAUGUCCCCAGAAAUCAUCUCAUGUUGGAGAGAGGUUGCUAGCCUUCUUGAGAAAGACGGAGCAAAUGUUCUAGAAGUAUCGCUGCCUCACACCAAAUACUCUAUUGUCUGCUAUUCCGUCCUAAACCCUUGCGAGGUCGCGAGUAACAUGGCCAGAUACGAUGGCGUAAGAUAUGGUCACAGAUCGCACAAAAAAGGACUCGACUCCACAGAAUCACUUUAUGCUCAAACACGACACGAAGGAUUUAAUUCUGUUGUAAGAGGGCGAAUCUUAGCUGGAAAUUACUUUCUACUCAAACGAAAUUACGACAAGUAUUUUAUACAAGCGUUAAAAAUCAGACGUUUGAUUACAAAUGAUUUCAAUAAUGUUUGGAAAUCAGAGUGCGAUCUUCUCCUGACGCCCGUAACGCUGACCACAGCCCCCACCUACAGCGAGUUUAUUCAAUGGGAUAACAGAAAGCAGAGUUCCGUGCAGGAUUUCUGUACUCAACCUGCAAACAUGGCUGGUUUACCAGCAUUAAGCAUCCCUAUAAAGCUGUCAAUGUCAGGUCUUCCAAUUAGCUUGCAACUUAUCGGACCACGAUUUAGUGAAGCACGUAUUUUCCAAGUUGCAAAGAGAAUUGAGAAUGUAGUCAAUUUCAAGCAUUGCAAAUAGCACAUUUGUUUCGUAGUCAAUAUAAAUUAUAUACUACAAAUCACUAGUUGAGACUGGUGCUGAAGGUUCCACUUGGUUGAUCUUGUUUACAUGUGACGCAAUAUAUAGUGACUUAAUCGUUAGGGAUCUUGGUACCUACUAUUUUAGUGUUUUAUUCGAAUUGUUGUUUAUAUUUGUGUUUGAUGCAACUAUUAAUUAAGAGAAUACGCAAUUGGUGCGUAAAGAGGGCUAUAAAUUGAGAUGUCCCCACGAUAUUAGUUUCACUACGACUUUGUACCAUCAUCUUCUUUGAGAGAUUUGAAUUUAAGGCUAGCUCUGCAAUCAUGUCCAAAUUUGUUCUUCUUUCCGUCCUUAUUUCUGCUCUGGUGAGCGCUUUGUUUUUCGGAGGUGCUGAGGCUGGAAAUGCUAUUCCGGGUCUUGGGAAUGGACCCACCCCAUUCCAGUCGCUCUUUGCUACUGGAUUCUCUGGAAGUUACAACACAUUCGGCUCAGGAACGACUGCUGGCGCAAUCGGUGCUUAUGGACGAUUUGUGAGCGGCGGUGCUCACUCCAACCCACAUGGAGGAGGAAGUUAUGGCAAAUAAUAACAACAGGUUGAGAAUAAUAUCUUGGACAUAAAAUUCCAAUCCAUGAAACUCCAUUGUUCCAUUUUUCUUCGUUAUUAACCUUAAUUGUAUUUAAUAUUACAUUGUUUUGUUAGCCUGCCUGCCUGCGUUAUUUAAAUUUUAUGAUUUGUGACCUUGAAUAAAUACGCUCAGCUCGUUAUUAUACGAA